AUGUUUUCAAGACCUCGCGCCGGCCUGCUGGCUCUCGCGCUUGCAGCCGCCCCGUGCGUGGUCCGCGCCGGCCCCUGCGACAUCUACCAGGCCGGCGGCGCGCCGUGCGUCGCGGCGCACAGCACAACCCGCGCCCUCUACGACGCCUUCCGCGGCGCGCUCUACCGCAUCUCCCGCGACUCGGACGACGCCGCCAUCGACAUCCAGGCGCUGCAGUAUGCCGGCGGCGUGGCCGACGCCGCCGCGCAGGACGCCUUUUGCGCCGGUACGACCUGCCUCAUCACCACCAUCUAUGACCAGUCCGGCAAGGGCAACCACCUGACGCAGGCGCCGCCGGGAAGCGCCGGCCCUGGCCCGAAUAAAAACGGCUACGACUGGCUGGCGAGCGCGACGGCGGCCCCGGUCACGCUCAACGGGCACAAGGCGUACGGCGUGUUCGUGUCCAUCGGGACGGGCUACCGCAAGCUCGUCGGCGAGGGCACGGCGACGGGAGACGAGGCCGAGGGCAUGUACGCUGUCUUUGACGGCACUCAUUACAACGAUGACUGCUGCUUCGACUAUGGAAAUGCCGAGACCAACAGCAAAGAUACCGGCGACGGCCACAUGGAGGCGCUCUACUGGGGAGGCCCAGAGAACAGUCCUUGGGUCCUUGCCGACCUGGAGAAUGGGCUGUUCGCAACAGACAAGCGCGAUCAGAGACUCAAGUCAAACAUGACCUCGCGGUUUAUCACGGCGAUCCUCAAAGGAGAGCCCCGUCACUGGGCGCUGCGCGGCGGCGAUGCCAACUCGCCCCAGCUCGCGACACUGUUCGAUGGCGGCCGUCCCGAGGGCGCGUACCAGACAAUGUCCAAAGAGGGAUCCAUUAUUCUCGGCAUCGGCGGGGACAACAGCAACCGCGCCCAGGGCACGUUUUACGAGGGCGUCAUGACCUCGGGGUACCCAUCCGACGACACGGAGAACAAGGUACAGGCCAACAUUGCCGCUGCCAGCUACGCCGCCGCGCCACUGACCAGCGGCCCGCAGCUCACCGUCGGCUCGUCCAUCUCCCUGCGCGCGACGACGGCUUGCUGCACGGGCAGCUACAUUAGCCACGAGGGCGACGUCGUCAAGAUUCGGGACGUGUCCUCGUCGAGCAGCGACAUCCUGAAGCGCCAGUCGACCUGGAUCGUGCGCGCCGGUCUGGGCAGCAAGGACUGCUUCUCCUUCGAGUCCACGGACACGCCGGGCAGCUUCAUCCGCCAUUACAGCUACGCGCUGCUCGUCAACCGCAAGGACGACAGCAAGACGUUUGCCGAGGACGCCACGUUUUGCCCCCAGGCUGGUCUGAACGGCAAGGGCAGCUCGAUGCGCUCAUGGAGCCAGCCCACGCGCUACUGGCGUCACUUCAACAGCAAAGUGUCCAUUGCCAGCAAUGGCGGUCCUUUUGUCGAAGACGCGAGGUACUUGUUCAACGAUGACGCCAGCUACAUCAUUGCGGAAGGGUGGGCCUAG